ACCAUAAAGGCCCCACUCAUCACAUGUAGAUCUAACAUCAGCCACGCCAGGGGACUUCAGAAUGGGCAGUGCUCUACCUAAUGAGGGAAGGGUGCUAUAUAAAAAGCACAUUCUGCCCCGCUUGCAGUGUGACCGGAGUUUAAUGCGUCGUCUGUUCAGAGAGUGAAACUGAACCCUGUUGGUUCUGCAGGUCACAGAGCAGGAGAGAAGGAGUGCAAGUAUUAUAUAUGCCGAUUUGGAUCAUCAUAUUCAUUCAGGUUGAAGUUAUAUCCAGUUGUUCUGGACAGAAUUUCAGAGUAUGUCCCAACGGAAAUGAAACUUUUAACAUCCUCAGCUUCUUCUUAAAUGCUUUUUCAAGAGAGUCUCUGCCAUUCAGGAAUAAUGCUUCUUGUGGCUUCUGUUAGGUGAGACUUGUGAAUAUUUAACAAUGGUUGAAUUUUCUUCAAACUCAACAGACAUUCUGACCCUGCAAGGCUUUGACCUACCUCCUCAAGGGGUGUACGCUGCAUUUCUUUUUGCCACGCUGAGUUACCUUGUAAUUCUCUUCUGUAACCUUUUCCUGAUGGCCACCAUUAUCAUGAAUAAGAGCCUCCACCAGCCCAUGUACAUCCUGCUCUUUAACCUGCCCAUCAAUGACCUCAUCGGCUCCUCAGCCCUCUUCCUACGGCUCAUCAAAGAUAUCCUGCUGGACUCCAGGUACAUCGAGGCCUCCAACUGCAUCGCUCAGGCGUUCUUCGUCCACAUGUAUGCGGUGGGCUCAGUUUUGAUCCUCACCAUCAUGUCGUACGACAGGUACAUCGCCAUAUGCAACCCGCUGCGCUACAGCGCCGUCAUGACAAACUCGCACGUCCUGAAAAUAAUCGUGAUAGUGUGGCUGGUGGACCUCUUUUUGGUAGGCGUGCUCAUCUCCCUCCUGCUCAGGUUGCCUCGAUGCAGGUCUCUCCUGACGAACCCUUACUGCGACAACCCGUCUCUGCUCACGCUGGUCUGCGCAGACGCCACCAUCAACAACAUUUACGGACUGUUCAUCACCGCCAGCAUGCAAGUGUUCGCCGUGGGUAUGAUUCUCUACACCUACCUGCAGAUUUUGCUUGCGUGCUUUAAAAGCAAACGCUCUGACACAAAGAGCAAAGCUCUGCAGACCUGUGCAACUCAUUUAACCGUCUUUCUGAUUUUGGAGUGUUUAGGACUUUUCACAAUUAUCUCAUAUCGCAUAAAGCAGCUCUCUCCUCACUUAAGGAGGAUGAUCGGAGUUUCCACCUUGAUAUUUCCCCCUACUCUCAACCCAAUAAUAUACGGCCUUAAAACCAAAGAAAUCCGACAGAGAAUGAUGUACUUAUUGUGCCGAAGGGUGUAUCCAUCUUAAUUAUUUAAUAUGAAAAACACAACUUUUACCUGUAGUGUGCUUGCAUGCUCAAGCAGAACAUGACUAGGACUGUAUUUUUUGUAAUUUUAAGCUAAAAUGAUAUUUUGUGCUCUGAAACCAUUCCUUCAUGCACAAGCUAUUGGGGUCAUGUGGUAGGUCCCUGUUACUCAAAUGACGGUUCUCAGGGGCCAAAAACUGCUGGUCCCCCCCUUUUUUA